AUGGCAGUGUCUAGCAAAUAUUUGUUGAAAGUACUAAGGCUAGAGAAAGACAUACGAAUCAAUUAUUCUGCAACAAGAUUUUGCAAACUUAUAUGUGUUACACUAUUUGCAGCACACUUCGCAGGCUGCAUGUUUUUUUGGUUGGCUGUCCAGCACAAGACACCGAAACACACAUGGAUCGGGAACAAAACACAGGAUUUUCAUGAAUUGGGCGUCGGGUUGGGUUACACUUAUUCUGUGUACUGGUCUGUUUCAACCCUUACCACCGUUGGAUAUGGAGAUUUUUAUGCAGUAAAUUUAACGGAGAUGCUUUUCUCCAUUUUUUACAUGCUCUUUAACAUCGGCCUCGGAGCAUAUAUUAUUGGAAACAUGACAACUCUGUUGGUUCAUAGCUCUGUCGGAACCUUUGCCGUGGCUUCACAGAGGGAUGUCUUCAACAAAAUAUUACAGUAUGCAAACAAAAAUAGACUCCCGGGACGAUUAAAGGAGCAAAUAUUGGCACACAUGCAAUUGAAAUUUAAGACUGCAGAGUUACAGCAAGAAGUGUUACAAGACCUACCUAAAACUAUAAGAUCCAGUAUUGCUCAGCAUCUUUUCAAAAACAUUGUUGAAACAGCAUAUUUAUUCAAAGGAGUUUCUGAUUAUUUUAUCACUCAGCUGGUCUCAGAAACAAAGGCAGAAUACUACCCAUCUAAGGUUGACAUUAUCUUGCAAAAUGAGAUGCCAAAAUAUUUCUACAUCUUGUUAUCUGGGUCACUGGAUGUGUUGAUAUACAAUACUGGGUCUGAACAGUUUUUAUUCGAACUUGAAUCUGGAGACAUGGCAGGAGAAAUAGGUGUGAUGUUUAAUAUUCCACAACCUUUUACAGUAAGAAGUAGAGGGCUGUCCCAGGUCAUACGAAUCAAUCAUCAUCACUUCAAGCAGAUGAUGCAACCAUUCAGUGACGAUGGGAAGGCAAUCAUGUACAACUUUAUUCAGCAUUUGAAGGGUCUCAAAAGCAAGGUGCUAGAAGAAAUAUCGUAUGUGACAGAAUUGCUGGGUUACCUUGAGCAUCUGAGACAAAAUGAGGGUACACUUCAUGAAGUUUCAAGAUAUCAAGAUCCAUAUAAAGAAGGAAAAACAGGAAAUUCCAAACCACUGAGAAGCCCAGUCCCCGUUAGAGUUACAAUCCACGGACACCAUCCCAAUGAAAACAAAACGGGAAAUGGAUCAACGCCAAAGCUCAUACUUCUCCCAAAUUCGAUAGAAGAUAUUUUCAGACUUGCAGAGAGAAAAUUCGGAAAAAGAGGAAGCAAAAUUCUCAUGGCUGACGGCACAGAAGUAGAACAAUUAAACGCGAUAAGGGAGACUGAUGAGUUGUAUAUCCUCUAAUGAUCAAACUAAACAGAGAUUAACAAUGUGCUCUGGUCAUUUCGG